GGUCCGCUUUCAGAAGAUGCAGUGCAGUAGAGGUGGUGCUUGGAACUGGAUUAGUCAUGGCAUCAGAACUAUGUAAAACAAUCUCUGAGGCAAAGCUGGAAAGGCACAAGAACUUGUUCUUAAAUUACCGAAAUCUCCAUCACUUUCCUUUGGAGUUACUGAAAGAUGAGGGGCUGCAGUACUUGGAGAGACUUUAUAUGAAAAGAAAUUCCCUGACCACAUUGCCAGAAAACCUUGCACAGAAGCUUCCAAACCUCGUGGAAUUGUACCUUCAUUCAAAUAACAUAGUUGUUGUACCUGAAGCCAUUGGCUCCCUCGUUAAACUGCAGUUUCUGGACCUCAGUGAUAAUGCCCUCGAAAUUGUGUGUCCAGAGAUUGGCCGCCUGAGAUCUUUACGUCAUCUUCGCUUGGCUAACAACCAGCUGAAAUAUCUACCUGCAGAGGUUGGAGACCUGAGGGAGCUGCAAACACUGGACAUUUCAACCAAUCGUUUGAUAACGUUACCUGAAAGGCUGCAUAUGUGCCUUUCGCUGCAGUACUUGACUGCAGACCGAAACCACCUGUGGUAUGUUCCCCGCCACCUGUGCCAGCUACCAAGCCUCAAUGAGCUCUCCAUGGCUGGAAACCGCCUCGCAUUUUUGCCACUUGAUUUAGGUCGUUCUCGGGAGCUACAGUAUGUUUAUGUGGAUAACAAUAUUCAUCUGAAAGGCCUCCCAUCUUAUCUGUAUAAUAAAGUCAUUGGUUGCAGUGGUUGUGGUUCUCCAAUUCAAGUUUCAGAGGUCAAACUGCUCUCUUUUUCAUCGGGCCAGUUAACUGUGUUCCUGCCAGCAGAGGUGAAAUCUAUAGGGACAGAAACAGAUCGUGUGCUGCCUUUGCAAGAACUGGCCAUGAGGACCCUCUAUAACACUUACUACAGAUUUUUAAAAGAUUUGAACUUUCUGACUCCAAUUUCACUACCCAAAAGCCUCUUGGAAUUACUGCACUGUCCCUUGGGACACUGCCACCGCUGCAGCCAGCCUAUGUUUACCAUUGUCUAUCCAAAGCUCUUUCCCUUGAGGGAGACUCCAAUGGCAGGAUUGCAUCAAGGCAUAUUGUCUGUUGUGGAAUGGGGCCAGGAGCUUCAAUCUUUACUGACAACUGUUAGUUUUGUGGCAUACUGCUGCUCCACCCAGUGUCUGCAGACUUUUGACCUACUGAGUUGAUAAACAUUUAAAACUACUCAGGAGUGCUGCCAGUUUAAAGACGACGUAUCCCAUUGGUACUGGAAUACUGUGUGUGUGCGCGUGUGCCAAAGCAGCAGAAGUGCCCAGUCGGGAAUGCUAAGAGGCACUUAAAUCCUGCCCUAUCAAAUUUGGAUGAACUGCAGAAACUUUUCGGAAGUGUAAAUACCAAGCUUUUAAAAGUAUUAACUUCUCUCUCCUCCAAGACAGCAUACAAACCAAACAAAUUCACAAGCUCUGACUUCAGGAUUUCCAGUAUAUUUCAAAUGUGGCUGUCUUCAGGUUGACGCAUUGCAUCAUUUGAGGCAGUUUUCAUUCCUCUAACAGGAAAAAAAAAAAAAGGUUCAGUUAUGACAAAUGAGUUUUCACUUACUGCCCCAUCCUCUUCACCCCUAUGUCUGAAUUCAGAUGUAUAGAUCUAAACCUACAGAAACCUUUGAAAGAUCCCAGUGACUUUCCCUUAGAAUUUAGCUUUGUUUUCUCCCUCUCCUCUUAAUAUUUUCCACAACAUAGUUAUCUCAGUUGUAUACUGAGUCUUUGACAGUUAACUGUGGUAUUUAAAGCCACGUAGUAAAAGUAGAUCUUUUCUUUCUGGUAUCAUUAGAAGCCACAUUGAUUUAAUUGGAGUAACUAGGAUACAUCUGGAGACUAAAAGAUCCUGUUUCAGUAAAGAAGGCUAGUACUGAUGCCUACACUAAGUGGUCUUGCUCCAGCAUGUUUGAGGGUGUGUUUUCUUUAUUUUCAUCACUUGAGUUUUUUAUUUUUAAAAACACUUCCCCUUUUUCUUCUUUGAGUUCUUCAGGAAGACAACUUUAAGUAUCAAAUUCACUUAAAAAAACAAAACAAAACAACAAACAACCCAGUAAUGUGAUAGUAAAUCUUUAUUAUAUUUUUACAAUUGCUGAUUUGUAGAUCUGCAAAGAGUUGGUCUUCAUCUAGAUUCAGCAUUUGGCUGAUUUGUGAGUGUGUCAGUGGAGUGUGUGCCUCGGAGAAGGCUGGCAAUCCAGGGGGAGGUAUGUGUAUCUCCAUGUCUAGGUAUACAUGCAUGCACAGAUAUCUUCACAGAAGGGGUGUAACAUUUGUUUUUGUAUAUUAAUGGCAGAUUUAGUGUAAAUUUCCCCUCUAUCAUAUUUAUGGGAAUCCUUUUUAGUUAGAUCUUGUUCAUUUUCAAUAAAGGACAAAGGAUGGAAAAAAGGCCCCAAAUGCCUGAAUGACUUAAAAUUAAAAUUUUAAACUGAAACAGUUUAUACAAAAUUAGCCCCUCUUGACUUGUUUUGGAAUAUAUAAUUUCUUUUAAUAUAAUGUGGUUGGGUUGGUUUUUUUUUUUACUUUCUAAUUCUUAGGUAUAAACUACUUGUUGAUUCAGCACAGUGUGCUUCUCUGUGCAGUAGGUAGUUACAAGCUGAAAUAGACAUGAAUGAAACAGUUUGUUAUAAAACCUGUAAGAUAAAGAGACUUAUUUGGUAGUAUAUUAGCAUAUGUUGUGGUGAGGUGUGCAUACUUUGAAGGGAGGAGGCAUUAAAAUGUUUUCCUUUUGCCAAAGAAGCAUUUGUUCCCGCUGCAGGCUUCCUGGCAUUUCUUCAAUAAAUGGAGUAUCUUAAGAGCUUAGAAGAGUACCAAAAAGGCAGUUUUGAGGGUGGAAUUUUUAGGUUGUGCAUGUUACUUGUAAAAGCUUUGCUGGUUUUAUUGGGUUGGUUUUAAGAGAGUUGAAUUAGCAUUAAGAAAUGUAGAACUUAAUCCUUCAGGAAUGCAAGUAUCAUCUACUGUUUAAGAAUUGUGAAACUUUCUAAAAUAAAUCCCAUUUAUUAAAUCUGCUUUGCAGUAGGGGAAAGAGCCAUGUCCAAGCAGCCUUUGUACUAUUGGAUUUCUGGCUCUGUCAUUUCACUAAUUUGUUUCAAUGUUAGUAUCCCCAACAGGCCUUCCACCCAGCGGGGUUUACUGCUGAAGCAGCAAAAGGAAUCUUCAGCUUUUUUCCUUCAGUACUAUACAGUGGAGAUGUAAAUUGCCCAUGUUCAGUUAUAUCUAGAUCAGAAAUGUGCCUGUGUAGUACAGAAUCCAUUUCUUUAAAUGGCUGUUAAGAAAACUGUGGUAGUGUGUUAGAAAUAUUAUUUUUGAUAAAAUACUACAAUCAGGAAUUUUCAGUAUUAUUUUUACUGUGGCUUCCUCUGUCUUUGAAGGUGUUCUGUUGGAAGUUUAUUUGUUCUCCUUUUAUAGCAACUUACAGACUUUAAAACACAGUUUAUUUCUGAAUUCACUCUGUAAAUAUAUUUUAGAGUUUAAAUGUCUUGAUGAGAUGAAAGACAUUGGUGUUUAUUUUAUUAGGAAUCAGAUAGUAGGAGUAGAGUCUGGGGUUUUUUUAAUUAUUUAUUUUUUAUUCUUCCCAUAAUCUAAUUAUUUUUUUAUUGAGUUCAUAUCAGUCUUUUAUUAUUGUCUACAAGUACAGUUCAGAAGAAAUUCUAGUUUGUUCUAUAAGCAGGAUGAAUCUUAACAUUUUAAUAGAUGGUAUUUCAAGAAUGGAAUGUUCAAUGAAUCGAUGACUUAAACACACAGUUGAAGCUAAAAUGUCAUACCCUAUUUUUGUAAAACAAAGAGUAGGAAAGCCAAUAUAUAGACUGAAAAUGCGGCUUAAAUUCAUGUUUCGUUGAUUUUAAAACUUUUUUUAUAUGAACAGUGUUUGUAUUCAUCUGUAUCUUUGGGUGAUACUGUUCUAGAUUAAAAUAACUCCAUUCUCACUUGUCCAAAUUUUUCUAAAGUUGUUCUACUGUAAGAGUAUUUCAUAACUAGCUAACGAGAGCCAGCUAUGCAAGUUGCAGAGGGGAGAGGGAGCUUGUUGCUGAUGCAACUGUGCAUCGCUUCUUUUUCAAUAUGAGGUGUCACAGUACUUGCACUUCUCUUUAAUGCGUUUAUGUCUAGGUAAUGUUUGAUUGCUUGCUCUUGUUCAUCAGGUUAAUUCACACUGAGAUAAAUUUUUCCUUGUACUGCAAAAAAUCUCGUUCUAGCAGUUGAAAAAAAUUACUAUUUUUAAAGGGGGUUUUGUUAUAAAAGUAGGACUUAACUCUGCUUAUGGUGGGAGCAGGAGAAGUUUCUGGUGGGUUUUUUUUUCUAAGCAUUAUAAAGAGAAAGUUGCGGGAGAGGAGUGAAAGAAAAUUAAGUCUUCAACAAAUUGAUACUGCUAUAGAACUUUACUGAGUAAAGAUUAACUCCUAAUGUGACGAUGGACCACAAGCAUAAUUUUUGUUGUGGUAACAGGCACCAUGUUAAUAAAAUUGGGACCCUGCUGGUUAUAGAGAUAACAUUUUGUUGCGCCACAACAUAGGAAUCUGUCUUUGUUUAAAAAUACUACUUGUGCAGUUUUACUGUGGACACUAUUACAUUUGGAGCACUGUUCUUGGGAAUCUUCCUGUUACUCCCCCAGAGGAUCAGAAAUACAAAUGUCCUUUCCUGUGUGAAGAACAAGGUCUAAUAUCAAGAAGUGUGUAUUUUUCUGUUUUGGCCUGAUGCUUCUCUUGGGCUCUUAUUGAAGUUCAUUACAAACCUUCUAUUUAGUUCAUUGCGGUGAGGUUAAGAUCUUAUACUGAGGAGAGUGGAGCUGUUUAUUGCCAAGUUGGCUUCAAUUCUUAUAUAUCGAAUUCUGCUGAAUCCCUUUUUCUGACAUGAAGGGAGGAUGAGACUGUUCUAACACCCGUGUGGUGACAGCGUGUCAGGUUUUACUGACAUCACAGCCAAGCUGAAGACUGGAGAGUGACAAACCUUUCACUAGAGAGGAUGACUUUUUUUUGAAGGCCACUCUGACCCUGUCAGAGUGCCACUGAUAACUGAAGAACUUUUUACCUUGAUGACAGUGGAGGAUGGAUCAAGUUUUAAUUGAUGAGAGAGAAGAUUGUGUUUUACCAUCUUUGUGCAAAAACUGGGACAAUGACACUGAAGUCCAUGCCUGCUGCUAGACAGCCUAUCUGCAGCUGAACUUACAUAAUUCCAAGAUGUAACUAUCUUUGCCUCUUACCUCCCUCUUAAUACUACUCACGUUGUUGCAGAAUGUUGUAGUUAACUUGUGAUGGAAGAGACUGAGUAAAUUGAAUCCAGAAUUUUUAUUACUUUUUGUAUUACAGACCUAUUUUGUAAGAGACCAAAGGUCUGGUGGAAAGAAACGGCAAGAUUCAUGUGAAGUCUUCAUUGCUUUUGCUUUUAUGUGCCCUUCUUUGGAUUAUAACUUGAACUUGGAUUGCAGCUGAGUUCAUUCUAUGUCUGUUGAAAGCAUAUGUGUAUUGGUUUUUUGCUCUGUAUUAAUCAAAUGUCACUUAGUGUGAAGGUGAGCUUGCUAGAUGUUUUAUUUAAAGUUAGCAGUGCAAUUUAUUGUAUGUGCUUGUUAAUAAACUAUAUUUUUGGAUAAAAUUACAGUCCAUUAAAGUUAACUUUUUUGCUCCUGGGCCUAUUAAGGUAUGUUUAGGAUGUAGCAUUUAAUUU